AUGACUGACUCAAAAAUUCACCUACCCACAACAGUAACUAACAUCAAGUCAGCCAUUCCUAUUACAUUAGAUUUUGAAUCUGCCCAGUACAAUAAUUGGGCCACUCUGUUCCAAAUUCAUGCCCGACCGAACCUUGUCAUCGACCAUAUUAUUCCACCAGCCACCACACAACCUUCUUCUCAAACUCCACCAAAAACCAAUGCAGAAUCGGCAGCAGAAAAGGCUCAAUGGGAUCGUCUUGAUAACAUUGUCCGUCAAUGGAUUUACGCAACGAUAUCCAAUAAUAUCCUCAACACCAUAAUCGAUCCCAAUGACACUGCUCACGAUGCUUGGAACCGUUUGGCAGACUUGUUCCAGGACAAUAAAGUCUCUCGGGCUGUCAUGCUUGAGAAGGAAUUUACUACCACUCACUUAAGCAAUUUCCCUGAUGUUAACGCGUUUAUACAACGACUCAAGACUCUUGCUGAUCAGUUGGCCAAUGUUGGAGCCAAAGUCUCAGAUGCGCGCCUAGUUCUCUGUCUUCUCGGUGGCUUAACGGAGACUUAUAGCAACUUUGUGACAGUCUUCCAAAAUAAAAAACCUCUGUCGUCUUUUGCCACUGCAUGCUCAAUGAUUCGUUUGGAGGAAACCACCGCAAUUGAGCGUGCCAAAUUGGAAUCAAGUUCGAACACUGCCCUCGUUAUGAAUUCUAAUAAUUCAACUUCUGAUAAUGGACAACAGGAUCAUUCUUCUCAACAUCGUAAUUCAAACAACCGACCCAAGAAAACUAAUUACAAGGGUCGUGGUGGCGGUAAUAGCCGCAACCGCAGUGGUGGAAGAGGUGGUGCUGACAACCGCAACCAGCCGCGGCAGCAAUAA